AUUUACUAGAUAAGUUAUAUAGAAUAGAAUAGGGAUACUAUUACCAUUAUAUCUUUCAUUACUUCUAAUAUCUACACUGCACUGAUCUGCACUGCUACUUUGACACCGCAUAAGUCUCGGCUGCGGCUUGCGUUCCAAUCUCAGAUUUCGAUCCAAACGCGUUUUUGCAUUCUUCGCCUCCUCUGCGCUUCUUCUUCUCUUCCUCUUCCUCUCCUCCUCCUCCUCUUCCCCAUCGUCAACAAUGCCUCUCCAUUCGCUCGCCAUCGCCGUCAUCGCCCUCCUUGCUCUCGCCUCCGUCCUCGCGACCACCCUCUUCCUCGCCGCCCGUGCCCGCCGCAGAACACGUCUCGCGUCCUCCUCGCGGGCCCACAACCGCUCCUCCAGCGUCCUUCUCUCCGUCUCUCCCGAGGUUGCCGCCGAAAAGCUCUCCUCUGAGUCCACCUCUGCAUCCUCCCUCGCCUCUCCCGACUCCACCCCGCGCGCCGCCCGCACAAGCGUCACCCUCGCGCGCUCGUUCUCAAACGCGAGCACCCUCGUCGGCUCCGUUGACUCCACCACGCCCAAGAAACUCGCAGUCUCGCCGCCGUCGGUCCUGACCACGCUCGCCCGCACCUUCUCGCUCUCUCCGAAACCGAAACCCGCCGUGCCCGAGAUCCGCAUCACGUUCCCCGAAGAAUACGAUUCCGAAUCCGACGACGACUCGAAUUACUCGUCCGACAGCAACAGCUCGUUCGAAACUGACUCGCUCCCGGAGAGCGACCACCACCAGCAGCCCUCUGUCUCGCGCCGCGCAAAGCGACCUCCUCGCUGCGUCGUCGUCGAGAUCUCUGAAUCUGGCCCGGCUUUUGUUCGCGAGCUCGUCGAGUCUGAUGACUCCUCUGAUCUCCUACCGCAGAUCAGCUGCAAGAAGCAGCGCAACGACAAGACCUUCUCCCGCCACCACCACGACGCGGCCGCAGAGUCUAUGCUUCAUGAUAUCGAUCUGAACGCACCUAUCGCUGUUCGAUCAUAACUUCUCCUCUCUACUUUUGUUUCAUAGUCUCUGCUUUGUUUUUGCUUUGUUUGGUUUCGGGUUUGCAUGUGUAUAAACGGCGGUCAUAAAACAGUGUAUUUAUAGGUGGCAUUUCUGGUUUUUUUUGUUUUCCAUUAUAUAUGUUCUACUUUUCUCUACUUUUCUGCUUAUAACAGAACUUACAUCUUCUAUCAUCAUAAUCACUUUGCAAAGUA